UUGCAACAUGGCCGCCGAGUGGAGGGACUUGCCUAAAAGGACUUUAGUUGAACAUAACUCUACUCUGACGCACUUGGCACCAGUGAGCAGUACGGAUCGGUGCCUGAUCAGAUUCAGUCUCAAUCCUCACUCUUAACAGGUUAGGGAAGGGAGCCAGUGCAGCCAGCAUGCCAACACUCCAGAGCACAGCAUUUCUUUGACCGCUUUAAGCCAGGCAGGUACAUAGGAAAUCGUAAUUGGUGACUCGCACUACUACACGUUAAAGUCAGACACGAUUUCUGUGCUUACACUGGAAGGCAGCUGAGGGAAAAAUCUGGCAUGCCAGAAAUUCAAUCGGAUCGGUUGGUUGUUGAGCCUACACGUAAUUAGGCCUACACGAGUUCUCGGGUUAGGUUAAGGAUGGCAUAGACUAGGCCUACUUUAUUAUUGAGCUCUGUAACAAAGUCAACAGAUAAUUUAUUUGGGGAAAGACCAUUUUAAAGGCAAGUUAUGUCAAGGAUGUCAUGCGAUGUGCUCUUAUGAACCCUGAAGAGAAAAACUGCUGUGGUGUCACACUGCCCAGGGUAAAUCUAAACUGGUCAAAAACAGCCCAUUGUGAAUCUGAACUGAUCUAAAACUGCCCAGGGUGAAUCUAAACUGGUCUAAAACUGCCCAGGGCAGUUCUGAAUUUGUCUAAAACUGCCCAGGGUGAAUCUAAACUGGUCUAUAACUGCGGAGGGUGGCUCUGCAGACAGAUGAGGGUCUUUAGGGCAAUGCGAGGAGAGGACUGGGGCACCUCACUUUCUUGGCCAAGAGUUGGCUUUAUUUGGAUCUCCAAGGAACACUGCAGCUCAGGUGUUUUGGUCCAGUGCAUACAACUGGUGCACAGAGCAGAGCCAAUGUGUUGUAGCCCUAGCACUCAGAAAAAAAAGGUUGUGUGUCUCAACCGAGCACUGUCUGAUCUCAUUAAAUUCUAUUAGGAUCAAUACAUCUUGUAAACAAUCUGCUAUUGCACAAUAUGAGAAUAUGCAGAUGAACCUUAUAGGCCUGCUCGGAGUACACAUCACCAGGCUGACAUGACUAUAAUCUGAUUUCCUUCACGCCCCCCCCUCUCAAAUAAAUAGGCUACAGUCUCACUUUCAAAUCUGAGCCAUCGAGUUAAGCAUGUCUGAACAGGUCCGACAAAACAAACAAAUCAGAAUUGAAGAAUGAGUCUUGCUUCCAACAUCAGGCCAACAUUUACGCUGUCAUCACAUACAGAGAAACCUUAUUGAACCGUAUAACAUUCCAGGGACUCAACUCAUCUGUUUUAAGAGCCAACUAACAAUGCAGAGAUGUUGAUUGGCUGAUACCUGCUUCUGAGUAGGGGAGAUCACGUAUCCGGUAAACAGAAGAUUAAAGGGGUAGUGAUGAUUAAUUAACAUGGCUAUGAUACACCUGUGUCUUAUUUGGAGUGGGACAGCAGGGGAAAAAGCACACAGAAUGACUAAAUUGUUAACUGUCUGAUUAAUUGAUUAGCUGAUUGAUUGAUGGAGGUACACUCAUGAUUGACACCUGUGUGCAUGAAUCAGUGGUAGAACAGCGUAGUUGCACUUGGAUGAACCCGCAUCAGCAUUUCCACACAAAUCUGAGCAGGUGGCUUUGCGUUCAGUUUGAAGCUUGAAGACGAGGAGCUCAACGCUGACAUACAAGAUCCUGUAUUCUGAUUGGUGCAGAUGGCUCACAGACAGGUGCGCAGACUACCUCUGACACGCAGAGUGCCACAGGAUGCUUCAGAGCUGGCCAGUGUGUGUCCCCAGACCAGCCCUCCGGUCAACGAGGCGUCCCAGAGCGCCCUCAUGUCCUCUCACAGAGACCGCACGGCCUCGCUCAGGGAGCAGCUUGUUGAGAGGGACCAGCAUGUGGCCCGACUCCAGGAUGCGCUGAAGAGGGAGAGGGAGAAGUGUGGGCGACUGCAGUCUCGGUGUGGCCAGCAGGUGGCAGAGCUGAGGCGCAGAGAGUUGCAGAACAACAGGCUGAAGGAGAGGCUCCUCACAGACAAACACAAAGACAAGGGACCCGCCAUGGAGAUGCUCAAUGCCCUGCCCAAGUCUCUAGCCAAGAAAGACCACGCUCCCAGGGGCACACGCUCUGAAGGAAGAAGGGAGGAGGAGGCGCUGCGUUUGAUCCUGGAGAGAAGGGAGGCCGAGCUUAGGGAAGCCAUGAAGCUUCGGCACGCCAUCACCACACUUCUGCACACGCUCAGAACAGACAUGGAACAGACCCUCCAUGUCCUCUUGAGUGACAAGCAGGUGGAGCCAGACAGUCAGAGGCUGGUCCAAUCAGAGGUGGUGCUGGGUGAUCAUGUGACUGGGGGUGUGGUCAAAGAAUGGGUCAGGGUCCAGAAGGUGCUUAAAGAGAUUCAUGCGCAAGGUGGUUGUGCAGGGGCCACAGACCAGGAGAAGCAGAUAGUUCAGCUGGAGAGGGAACUAGAGGAGAGCCAGCAGCUAGUCAGACUACAGCAGCAGCUACUGCAGGACAGCGUGACCCCGGCUCUCCCCGCCCCCCUCAUAGACUCCUAUUACCUGGAGGAGUGGGAGCGGCUUCAGGACCAGAGGGUGGAGCUUGACAGACAGAGGCGGAGCUUCGAGAGGGAGAGGCAGGCCUUUACAGACGCUGCCAUCCGAUUGGGCCAUGAGAGGUGCCAGUUUGAGCAGCAGAAGGCGUCUCUGGUGUGGCAGCAGUACCUGUUCAACUCUCCCCCUGUGAAGCUCUCCGCGCACCACAGCAGGAGGGUCAGCCCUGCCAUCAAGAUCUAUCUUGCGGACGAUCCGCUGCCCAACUCCCCAGACUCGCUCUGCCCAGCCACCCCCUCCUCCACGGCCUCAGACCAGAGCCCGGGGUCACCAGGUCACCAAGAGGUCACGACCCCCAGCACCCCUGAGCUCUACUCCGCCCUCAGGCUACCCUAUCCCCGCAGGUCUGCGGGUACUCCCUCGCCCACUGCGUGCUGGCGGGGAGGAGGUGGAACAGAGAGAUCCUACCGCGCUCCCCGUAGACGCGACCACGACUACUCAUUUUAACACGCAUACAUCGCCAUGCACACACUACACAUAUGCCAACACACACUUUACUAGACAAAAUGUUCAGAUAAAACACACAUAAGAAAACUGCACUUUACAACUCAACACGCACUGCUCAUGCUUCUAAUGUAGGGCUUCUUGCGUAUUUUUGAUAUCAUUGACAUAAAAUCAUUUGUCAUCUGGUAUAUCUUAAGUGUUUGUGCUAAUAAACAAUUUUCCAUACUC